UGCACCAAACACAAACCAAACCCCACGUGAUUCACACGAUUCCCUCACCCAUCCGCCAAUCCGUGGGCGCCGAACGAACCCCUCAACUCCCCUCGUCCGAUUCCAGCACCAAGUGCUCGGCUUCCCGUUCAAGAUCGAACACACGGACCUCCUCAAGUUCCGCCGCUCGUACUCCUUUCCCCUAUUAAUCCCGGCAUGUGUAAUCCACCCCUGUCCCCUCUGUUCGUUAGGUGAAUCGCCUUGAUGCACGUCCUCUCCCAACCACCUUCCCUCAUUGCAGACGCUCAGAUUCGAGCUCCCCAGCCAACCCGAUCUCUCUAGAGCACAACGCCAUUCACGUUGCCGCCGUCACGCAUGGAGGAAACCCCACCGCCAUUCCACCUCACCACUACCUCUGUCACUCGAAGCCGCACCCAUCCGCCCAUUCACUUUCGUCGAAGACCCGCCGGAGAAGCGCCACCAUCGACGCCUGAGACCGCCUCCGCGUCCUCUGUUGCUGGUGGGCACGCGCGCGCAUGUGAACUCUUCAGCCAAUCGCACGGCGACACGUGGCCAUCCUUCUACAGUAGACGCUACAACGUCGCUACAAUUGCUCGGGGCGUGGCGAGUAGAAUUGUCAGGAUUGUGAGUGCGGAGAACUUCAUCAAACGUACCAGAUCUUAUAUGAUGAGUGAGUGAUACGAUGUAGGGUUACAAUGUCUAUACUCGACAUUUGUCUAUGGUGUUGAUGGGUUCCAUGAAGAUUUUAUUUGCUUUUCCGUUGUAUUUUUGUUAUGAGCAAUGCAGGUAUGUAUUAUAUUAAAUUUUGGAUCUAUGAUGUAAUAUUAUGACAUGUGGUUUAUUCUUGAUA